GGACGGUACCGGAGACCUCCAUUGGAGCAUGCGCAGUAAGAUGGUACCGUCUCCCUGCAGCCUACGCAGUAGGGACAGUACCGGAGGCUUCCCGUGGAGCAUGCGCAGUUUUAUCGCUUCCCUGGGUGAAAGCUGAGCACCAGAAUAUGAGUCGUCUGACUGGAAAGGUGGAAGAUCUCAGCGGGUCAAGUAGCAUCUACGGAGGGAAAAAGUAUGCUAUCUGACCAAUCUGUCUUGGAUGACUCCUUGUCAUAAAUAUUCCCUGUAUUUUACUACUUCUUUACAGUUUCAGAAGCAUCAAAGAUGGAGGAAAUGGGAUCUCUUGGGGUACCAGUGGAUAAAGAUUCUUCAGUUUCAGAAGAAAGUUUAAGUGGUGCAGCAGAUAUGGGAGAAAGUCAUAAAAAGGAUGUAACGUUGCAGCAAUCCAAGUCUGAACUUGGGAAGAAUACUACAAACAAUGCUCAAAAUAAGGACAAUGAGUCUGCUGAAAAUAAACUUCAGAUGAUUGAAAGUAAAGGAAAGAUGUCAGUCGGCAUGACAAGAAAAAGACCAGAAUCAAAGCCAUCCACUCCUGGGAUAACUGAACAGCAACCCCCAGGAAUUGAUGACAAGCCAAAAGUCGUCUCUGAUCAGGAGGCAGGAAGUUGGGGCUACUGGGGAAAUUGGGGGAAGUCACUGCUUACUACAGCAACAGCCACGGUAGCAUCUGUUGGUCAUGGAAUUUCCCAUGUGAUCGAAAAAGCUGAGUCCUCUCUUGGAAUUCCCAGCCCUACAGAAGUUUCAGCAGAAGCAAGAUUAUCUGAUGGGGACAAAGCAGGAUUAGAGGAUUCUGAAAAAGGCCCCAGAACUAAAGAUGAAACUUCCUCUCCAACCAGUGGGGCAUUUGGGAUGUUUUCUACCAUUACCACUGCAGUUCAGAACACAGGGAGAACUGUACUAAGUGGUGGUUUGGAUGCCCUUGAGUUCAUUGGUAAGAAAACCAUGGAUGUUAUUGCAGAAGGAGAUCCUGGAUUCAAGAAAACACGAGGCCUGAUGCACAGAACAACCACAUUGUCUCAGGUUCUGAGGGAAGCAAAAGAAAGAGAACAGCAACAACGGCAAACAGCCGAUGAACUUUCUGUAGAUGUACAAAAGAAAGCUAAUUAUGGAAUUUUGUUCGAUGAAUUUCAAGGUCUAUCCCAUCUGGAAGCUUUGGAAAUUUUGUCCAAUGAAAGUGAAGUAAAGGUUAGAUCAGUGGUUAAUUCCCUGUCUGGAGAAGCUGUUGAAAAAUUGAAGGAGGAAUUGGAGACUACUAAAGAAGCUUUUGCAUUGGUUGAAUUUGAUGAGGAGGAGGAAGAAGGGAAUGAAGGAGAUGAUGGGUCUGGAUUUGUAAAAGAAAUAUCUGAUUUGUUAUCAGAGCUGCAUGUAGCUGUGACAUCUGACAAACUGGGCAAAGCUAGAAAGAAUGCAAAUGAUUGUUUAAUUGAAGUAAACUCUCUCUCACUGGUACAAAUAGAAAUGGCAUCAGAAGAUGAAGAGAAAGAAGGACAGAAUGAGAAAUCUACAUCUGGUUUGCACCAAGAUCACAAAAUUUCAGUUGAGAAUAUCCAUACAUUUGCUGUCAGAAGUUUGGCAGAACUCACUGCUAGGUCCAUUGAACAGUUCCAUAAAGUGGCAGAACUAAUUCUUCACAGCCAGAACCAGGAUGUGGGGAUAUUGGACCGUGCCAAAACUCUAUCUAAAUUGACUGUUGUCUUGUGUAAGGAAGUGGCUGUCCUUUCUAAACAGUUUACGACUUGUUUAACAACGAUAGGGGUUAAAGAGAAGGCAGAUGUUCUUAAUCCGUUAAUUACUGGAGUAUUUUUGGAGGCCUCCAACAGUGCAACCUACAUUCAGGAUGCAUUUCAGCUCCUGCUUCCAAUUCUUCAAAUUUCUCAAAUCCAGACUUGCUUGAACACAACGUAGUGACUGGCUUAAUUUACUUCGCAAUGAAAUUUUUUUAAACCUGUGAAUUUUAUCACAAAAAAAUCAUCUAUCAAUGUGGAUUGUUUUAAGAUGCAUUUUGUAACACUCAAAAUGUUUUUUGAGAGGGGGCAGGGAGAUCAUUUCUGGAUGAAUUGCUUUUCUCUAAAAAUCCAUUGCUGUAUGAAUGUAAAGUAUUGGGUCAUAAUCUCCAGCAUAUAAUAUUAUGGUUUCUUUCUAUGCAUUAAAGAAAAUUUCCUGUUUCUCAUAAUUACUUUCAGAAUGAUUGCUGAGGAACAAAAAUUAUAGAAGUAUAAUAGCAAUGUUAUUUUUCAUUACUGAUCUUUCUACAGAGUGAAAUGUAUAUUGGCUAAUACUACAUGUAAAUUAGAAAAUAAUUCAGAGAAUAUUUAAGUGGAAAUGCUGUGCCACAAAUUAUGUUGUUUACCAGUGGCUGGUCAUUUGACCAAAUACCAUUUUAUGCACUUCUAUAUUUUUUUUUAUCAUUGCCUCCAAAACUUUUCAAACAAAUUCACAAAUGGUAACGAGCAGAUUAAUGUGAAAACUAUGCUGUGGAGUAUAACUGAGUAUGCAGCACUUUCAUUUGUGCUUUUCUACAUAUCACUCUAAUGUAAUAUACUUUGUACUUAAAGCACUAUAGCUUAUUCUUUGAAGUAUGCAUUUUGCCAUUUAAAGAAAUAUUCUGAGAGAUAAGAUGAGGUGGUUUAUAAAUCCAAUGGUUUUUAUUUAAUAAUUUGUAGGGAUAAUAUAUUGCUAGUAUCUUUGCAAUAUUAUUCAUUGCCUGCAAAGGAUGAUGCCAGUGAAAAUAGGAAUGAGUUUUGAGAUUUAUUUUGUGCAUUAUUAUCAACCAUUGUUUACUAUCAUAAGUGUACUUAACACUUAAUGGGCAAGCAGCAACAUCCUGGUAUCCGGCUGCUUGAGAUCUCAUUUCCUGUCAUUUACUUGAGUUCAUAAUUACAUUUUUCAUGAAGUAAACUAUUUGUUAUGCUUAAUUAGGUCUAACAUCACCUGGAGGAAAUAGUGUACAAUUUAACUGUAUUUCCAGUUUUGGACACUGAAUAGCCAUCAGAAUAGAACAAUACACAUGUAACUUCAGUUCUCCAGUAUUUAGUAUAUUCCUAUAAUGUCAGUGAUUUUUAUUGCUGAUGUGCAUUUCUCAUAAUUAAAUUUUUUUAAACCUGUAAGUUUAUAAUUUAUUGGGCUGCAUUUUGUUUGUAAUAACUUUUGAGAGCCUUUUCACAAAUGCCGCCUUUUAAAAGUACAAAUAGUUGCUUCCAAAUUUUUGACACAUCAAACUUUAGGUUAAAAGCUUUAAAAUGGACCUUUUGUAAACAAUCAAAUUGUAAAUAUUAAAGUUUCUGAUAACUAUUUUGAUCAUUUGAGAGUUAGUCAGGAUCUGACUGUUCUAGUCACUUGUCUAGUUUGUAAACCACCUGCUGGUAAUGAAAUGCCAAGUAUACUCAGAAGCCACUAAAUAGAGAAUUUAUUUGAGUUUCACUUAAUAAAUCAGUGUGUAUUAAUUACAAAUGGAGUGAAUUUGGCUGUCGAUUUGUAUGCUGAUAUCGAUCAGUUGAAUUUGAGUGUCAAAGCUAAAUAGGUCUAUGGAUAGAUGGUAAGAUGCCAGAGGCUAAUUGGUUCAGGCCACAAAAAUCACGCUGCACCUACUUUAAAUAUGUUAUGCUUUUGCAUCUUUGUAUAUUCAUUAUAAAUUCCCUUGUUCACAUAUGUAGAAGUUGUCUAUGAGACAUGAACUUUGAACUGUUUGAAACUCAGGAUGACUCAGUUCUUCAGCUAGUUAAAUUCUUCAGAUGUUGCCAUUGUGAUUGUCAACUGAAAUGUGGCAAGAUCUUAAAAAUGGCAAAGGUAUCAAAUGUGUUUGAUAUUGGUUGAGGGAGAGAUACUGUCCAGAACAUCCCACUUCUUCAAUUAGGGCCACGGAACUUUAACAUUUGCCACAGAGGAUCUGAGUUUGUCACAGUGAAGAGACACCUCCUUUGACACUGUCUUUUUAUUGAACUUUAGAGUCAUCCUAAAAUAAAUGUUAAGGUGUGUGAAAUGUAGCUCAGGUUUGCAACUAUCCUACUCUGGUGGACCCUUUACUUGGCAUGCUGUAAAUACAGUGUCACUGAUAGAGCAUCAGAUGUGGACCCAUUAAACUCUUAAUGGGUCAUAUCUCCCAAGUUUCCAAUGGGUGGUGUCUUUUUUCAGUUGACCGGUUUGCAGCAACUCGAAUGAACCGGAGUAGCUCAGCAGCAAAGCAUUUUGUAUACUAUGCUGUUGGAAUCUUUAGUGAUCCAAGGUUUUCAGUGCACUUGGUUAGUGAGCAUUGAAAUGCUUCUGACAGCACAAAGGAAUAAGGUCUUGGAUCAGUCUUUGACUUGGAAGCUACGUCGAGCUAAUGUCAGGGAAGGAAUACAAUGUUGACCUCUGGUUCUGCAGUUGGUAGGGGAUAUAGAAUGCAAAGUACAGUAAUAUUUUAAUAAUCUUGCUCUCAGGUGACUGACAAAAACAUCUGAGGACUCUCAGCUGUGACAUUAUUCAGGAUAGGGUGGGUCACAGAGAUCCCCCCCCAUUGCCAAAUAACAUCACCAUGAGAAAAGCAUCCAAGCAUUUUGGUGUCACCAAAGGAGACCAGACAUCCACCCAUCAAAGCAGAGGUGGUUUGUCAUAUGACUUCUCCAGUAACCCCUCUUCCACAUCCCAAGCCCCAGGGCACGAGAUGUUUGAUUCGGUAGGGUAGCUUGCCACAGCCAGCCAGCCAAACUAUAGGCAAAUCAUGGGGAAACACUUAGUCCAAUAAAUAAAGUUGAUGAAUAUUAAUUACAAAUAAUAUAAACAUGACUUUAAAAUGUAUGGUUAUUUAUUUUCAUCACUUGUAAUUUACAUUGUUUGAUCAUUAAAAUGGAGAUAUAUUUAGAACCUCUCAUCUCUGGAUUUUAUUCAUAACUUGAAAGUCACUGAUGUCAAAUUUUAAGUAUCAAUUAGAAACAUUGUGGAUAUUUUCAAAUCACUGCUAAUUAAAUUCCUUUAUGUGAAUUUUGGGAAAUUACAACUAUAUUAACCAUUGGAAAGAAUGAUAAUAUUAGUGCCAAGGUUUCUGUUCAAAAAUAAUGGCUUGCUCAUUUAGGACAGAGGAAUUUUGUUUUGUCUUCUGAGUCAUGAAUAUCUAGAACUCUUCCUCAAAAGGCAGUUGAAAUGGAGCUUUUGAAUAUUUUUAUGGCAGUGACAAGAGAUUCUUUCAAGCAAUAGAUGAAAGUUUACAGCAGAGGAUAAGAGUGCAGAAUUGGUUUAUAGUCAGGUCAGCCAUGAUCUUAAAUAAGAGCAAGCUUUAGAGCAUGAGUGGUCUAUUCCUAAUCUGCAUAUUCAUAUGUAAUAUAUUGGGGGAAAUGGGUAAUAA